AUGGCAAAAACGGAGUUUGACGUAACUACCGAUGAUUUCACCAGUCGCCUGAUCCGGCGAAAGAUCAAACAGCUGGUGCGCAGGGACUGUUUUGCGAAGCAAGACGAAGAAGAUCUAGAGCAGGAGUUCCUGUUUCGCGUCUGGAAAAGCAUGAAAAAGUUCGACCCUGAAGUUGGCCAUCGCUACUGCUACAUCAAGGCUGUCAUCGAACGGCACACUCUAACUCUGAUCCGCGAUAAGCAUGCCCCAAAGCGGUACAGUAAAGGCCUGUGCUCAUUGGAGGUGAAGGUGGAAAGCGACAAAGAGGAAUCGAUUGAACUCCGUCAUCUUGUCGGGCCGGUAGAGCAUGAGAAUCGAGUCGGUCCACGUGGACGAACGGAGCAAGACCUCAAUGCAUUGGCGAUCGACUUAAACGGUGUGAUCGCAAGUAUGCCCGAGAAAUGGCAAACCCUGCUCAAGCUCAGAAAGACGCUGAACAUGGCUAAGGCAUCUGAGGAGUUAGGCGUGCCUCGCACAACACUUUACGACUGGAUGCACGGCAUCCGAAAGCACUGUGAAGAUCGCGGGCUGAAGGAGUACUGCCAACUUUUUCCGUCAGAUUCGGAGGAAAUCGAGGCUUCGCUGGUCUUGGCGAUCAUGGCCACCGAGAGUCUGCACGGCGAAAGUCAGACGCACCUCGACGCUGCUCACUUCUUCGAUGCCAAGAAACGGGCAUGCGUCAUCGAUGGUGGGACGGCGGUCGGGCGUGACCUCAACCGCCUGUUUACCGGCUUCUUGCGACGCGAGUUCGGGCGGGACGCGUUCAGCGUUGAACGCAUUUCUGAGUCGGAAUCUAGCCCGAGGAUGUCAGUUAUCGAUGCCGCCACCACUUACACAGGUCGCGGGUGGUCCGUGAUUCCGGUUCCGCACCGUUCCAAGAAUCCAGGACGAUCCAACUGGCAACAGAUGCGUCUGAAGGCAUCGGAACUCGACCAGCACUUCAAUGGUAAGAAGCAAAACCUGGGAGUGUUAACUGGCGAACCCUCCGGUUGGCUCAUCGACAUCGACCUCGAUCACCCCAGGGCCAUCGCACUCGCUUCCCAACAUCUGCCACCCACUCCUGCCAUGUUCGGUCGCGAAAGCAAGCCUCGGUCUCAUUGGCUGUAUCGCGUCUCCACACCAAUGGCGACCAAGAAGUUUAAGAGCAAAUCAACCGGCAUGCUUGUGGAGGUGCGAUCGACUGGUGCCCAAACCGUGCUACCACCCAGUGAGCAUGAAUCAGGCGAACUGAUCUAUUGGGAAUAUGGAGUUGAAGAUCCUGCUGUGGUCGACGCUGAAAUGCUCCUCGAUUCGGCGAAAUCGCUCGCGGAUGCUGUACUGGUCGAGUUAGGAGAGAAGGCUAAAUCCAGUCGUUCGAAAACCUCGAAAACGAAGCGGAUCUGCAAUUCUCGCACCUCACUUGGCGGAGACCAGCGGUCAGAGUGUUGCCUGCAAGCGAUGCGACGCAUGCAGAUGGUCGACCACAAUGACGGAUCCUCGCGGCUCUUCGCCGCAGCGUGCCGAGUUGUGGAACACGACCUUGAUGACCAAAGCGGAUUGAAAGUGCUUGAGCAGUAUGCCAGGGAACAUCCCUUCCCGAGGACUUGGAAUGACAAGGAGAUCCUGCAGCGCAUUCGAGACGCGGAGCGGAUAUGUGACCGGGGGGCCGCCUUCGUCCAUGAUAAAGAUGCUGACGGGCUGGUUCCCUCGGGAAGCCAGGAUCCAGCCAGCGGAAAAAUAGUGCUUUCCCCGAAGCGGACGAUCCCUACGGCGGAGGCUUUCGUUCGUCAGUUUUACUCGCACCCCGACGGACGGACGCUGCACUGCUAUGGAGGAAUCCUUUGGCAUUGGUCAGGCAGUCGAUACGAAGUGGUUGAGGAGGGAACGCUGAAGAAGCACCUCUACGGCUGGCUGCACGAAGCCCUGCGUUACCAGCGCAAUCGCACAUCAGGCCAGAUGGAGCUAACCGCGCCCACGACACCAAGUCUGUUUUCAACCAAUGCACUCGACUUCGAUCCGGAACCAAACGUCGAUCCGCCCGAGACCUGGCUUGAGUUUCUGCACCAACUGCUGGAGGACGACGCCGAGUCCUGGGAACUCCUACAGGAAUGGAUUGGCUAUUGUCUGACGGCUGACACUUCUCAGCAGAAGAUGCUCCUUGUCGUAGGCCCGCCUCGUAGUGGCAAGGGAACGCUGGCACGUGUUAUUCAAAGCCUCGUUGGUCAGGGCAAUGUGAUUGGCCCCACUACAUCCAGCCUUGCGGGCAAGUUCGGACUCCAGCCGCUACUGGGAAAGACCCUCGCCAUCGUCAGUGAUGCCCGGUUUAGCGGCGACAACAUCUCAACCGUGGUCGAGCGUCUGUUGUGCAUCAGCGGUGAAGACGCGGUUUCCGUGGACCGCAAGUUCCUCUCAAGCCUGACGGUGAAGUUACCCACGCGCUUCAUGUUCUUGACCAACGAACUACCGAGACUUACCGAUGCCAGCGGCGCGCUAGCAGGUCGGUUUUUGAUACUGCGCCUGACCCAAAGUUUCUAUGGCAAGGAAGAUACAAGACUCACCAAGAAGCUACUUGAGGAGUUGCCGGGCAUCCUGAACUGGGCGAUUGAAGGAUGGCAGCGGCUACGCUUGCGAGGCCAUUUCAUCAUGCCAGGGAGCGUCCAAGACGCCGUGUGUGACUUGGAACAUCUAGGCUCUCCGGUCAAAGCCUUUGUGCGUGAGGAGUGCUUCGUCGCACCGGGAUUGAGAGUGUCCAUCGACGCCAUCUAUCAAGCGUGGAGACAGUGGUGUGAGAACGAAGGACGCAACAUAGUCUCCAAUCGCCAAUCGUUCGGACGUGAUCUAUUGGCUGCCGUGCCCGGCGUUAAAUCUCGCCGUUUUACCGGGGGAAAACGAUUCUACGAAGGCAUCAGCCUGAAAGACUCUGGCUGCGAGAGAGAACAGUACAUGAAGAUUGAGAGCAAGAAGCUCACGGACAUCACCCCUUACGAAAACAACCCACGUCUGAACGACGAAGCCGUGGCCUCGGUGGCCGCGUCCAUCCGCGAGUUCGGCUUCCGGCAGCCGAUCGUCGUCGACGAGCAGAACGUAAUCAUCGUGGGCCACACGCGGUACAAGGCGGCCGUGCAGCUUGGCCUGGAGAAGGUGCCGGUCCACGUGGCCAAGGAUCUCAGCGCCGAACAGAUCAAAGCCUACCGCAUCGCUGACAACCAGACGGCGUCGCUGGCCGACUGGGACUACAACCUACUGCCGAUCGAACUGGGGGACCUACAGGCCGCAGACUACGACCUGGGGCUCUUGGGCUUCGACCAGGACCAACUGGCCAAGCUGAUGGGAACCGACGUGCAGGAUGGUGCCACCGACCCGGACGACGUACCUGAGCCUCCCGACGAGGCGAUCACACAACCGGGUGACCUUUGGAUCCUCGGCAACCAUCGGUUGCUGUGUGGCGACAGCAGCAAGGCUGAGCACGUGGACCGGUUGCUCGAUGGGGCACCCAUUCAUCUGGUGAAUACCGACCCUCCGUACAACGUGAAGGUCGAGCCUCGUUCCAACAACGCUAUCGCGGCCGGCAACAGCAGCUUCAGCAACGCCAACAAGCACCAUCAGAAGUUUGACCUGGAGCGGCAUCCGGAGAAGGCCCAGGCGACGCACAAGAAGAUGCGAGCCAAGGACCGACCGCUUGAGAAUGACUUUGUGUCGGACGAGGAGUUUGAUCGGCUGCUGGCUGCCUGGUUCGGAAAUAUCUCUCGGGUACUACUGCCGGGCCACGGGUUCUACGUGUGGGGCGGGUAUGCGAACGUGGCCAACUACCCACCGGUGUUCAAGGCCUCCGGGAUGUAUUUCUCGCAGGCGGUCAUCUGGCACAAGCUGCACCCCGUGCUGACACGGAAGGAUUUCAUGGGUGACCACGAAUGGUGCUUCUACGGGUGGCGAGAAGGUGCGGCCCACCGGUUCUUCGGGCCCAAAAACGUCCCCGACGUGUGGCCGGUGAAGAAGGUCAAUCCGCAGUCGAUGGUCCAUCUAACUGAGAAGCCGGUUGAGUUGGCCGUGCGGGCCAUGCAGUACUCGUCCAAGACCGGUGAGAACGUGCUCGACUUGUUCGGUGGCAGCGGAUCGACGCUCAUCGCAGCCGAGCAGACUGGCCGCAACGCGUUCCUGAUGGAACUCGACCCGCCGUAUUGCGACGUGAUCGUGGAAAGAUGGGAGAAGUUCACCGGCCGGAAGGCGGAACUAUGUUCCAGCAAGGAGGUGGCUGCGUGA